AUGUCACCCUCGGGUUCGAAGUGGUGGCAAGCGCCCGCCGAAGAAGACCUUGAUUAUGGAUUCGAUUCUGAUGAAAUGGAUGCUAGAUUCGCCGAAUCCCAGCGCAACCGCAGUCAUCCAACCCCAACACCAGAUUUACGAGAGCGAGAGGAUUUUCAGGAGACAAGCGAAGGAGGAGUAUUUGGAAACAUGUCGUCCUGGCUUCAUCGUCAGGCUGGGUCGCAGAAUAACCAGUUUGCGACCACUGCAGUUUUGUCGGGUGCCGCUGUCGCAGGUGCAAUUUUUGGAUAUCAGGCAUAUAAACGGAAGGAGGCUGUUCACGACCUGAAAGCCUCUAUUCCUGAGAUUGGCGAAAAACAUGUUGCAGAGAAGCUCACAUCUCUCGGUAUUGCAGACAAAGGCAUUCCCUUGAGUAAGGAGGAUGAGCGUAGUGCUGCUCUAGCUCGUCGAGCGCAACAGGGAGACUAUGAUGAUGAUUUGAUUUUGGAACAGCUUGCUCGGAAUCGAGUCUUUCUGAAAAACGAAGGUCUUGCGAAGCUUCGAUCAUCCUUCAUUAUCGUUGUUGGAUGUGGCGGCGUUGGAUCGCAUGCCGCCGCGGCCCUUGCUCGAUCAGGCGUCGGCAAAAUCCGACUUAUUGAUUUCGACCAAGUCUCAUUGUCAUCGCUCAAUCGACAUGCGGUGGCUACACUCGCUGAUGUCGGAACUCCCAAAGUGCACUGCAUCCGGAGAAGGUUGGAACAGAUCGCUCCGUGGGUGACUUUCGACUGCCGUAAUGAGCUCUUUGGGAAGGAAGCAGCAGAGACCCUUCUCGGGCCCUGGACCUUGACGCAUGAUGGGGAGAGCCGCCGACCAGACUACGUCCUGGAUUGCAUUGAUAAUAUUAUAUCGAAGGUGGACUUGCUAUACUACUGUCACUCCAACUCACUCCCUGUGAUAUCAUCUAUGGGUGCUGCCUGCAAGUCUGAUCCGACUCGUGUGACGGUGGGAGAUAUCUCGCUCACUACCGACGAUCCCCUCUCCCGCAGCACCCGGCAUCGGUUGAAAGCCCUGGGGGUCAGCUCAGGUGUCGCAGCAGUGUUCUCAACUGAGAGGCCUGGCUCUGGAAAGGCCAGUCUACUCCCUCUCCCUGAAGAGGAAUAUGCCAAGGGCCAGGUGGGAGAGCUCGGCGUUCUCCCUGACUUCCGUGUUCGGAUUCUUCCCGUUCUAGGAACAAUGCCCGCCGUGUUCGGUUAUACUGUCGCCAACCACGUCAUUUGCAACGUGGCAGGAUACCCGAUCGACUAUAACAUGGGCGCAAAAGGCCACAACAAGCUAUACGAGGGUAUUAUGUCCUAUCUAAAGACAUUUAGUGAGAAACUUGCCCGAGAAGUCGCGGGUGAAAACACCGUCGGACUGCGUAUUCCCAUUACCAAGGAUGAUAUUGCAUUCCUAAUGGAAGAGGUUUGGAGAGGGAAGAGUGUCAUUACGGGCUUGUCGAGUCGUCUGGUUCUUACUCUUUGGCAAGUCCCAGAACGAGGGUUCGGCAUGAACAGGACAUGGGAAGAGGAUGGACAAAAGUUUGUACCGCUCGAGCUCAAGGAGUUAGUAUGUAUGACCAAAGAGGAGGCUGCAAACCAUGAACGAGAAGUGCUUCGUGGAGGAAAGAAGGUGGAGGAGGUAUACGACGAGACGGUUCUUAAACGGAGCUGGACGAAUACGAAAAACCACGAACUGGAUGAUACCAAUAAUUUCUACCAUGCCUCCCACGCCCAGCCCUCCCCUAGCCGCUUUUCGCAAUUCCCCGGUCCCCUGGUCGAUGCCGCCCGAAAUGGCUGGCAGUCAAGCUCAAGUUAUGUUUACCAGUCGCUCACUAAUGACACCUCCAAACACCCACAGUGGCUCCAGAUAGCCCUUUCCAUUAUAGCGGCGCCACGAUUCCGCCGCUACGUCGUUGUAUACUUGACUCUGUUCCUGGUCGGCUGGGCAAGCUGGGCAUAUGUUCUAUACCCGCGCAUCCAAGAACACUCUUCGUUACUCCAUUCGUUGGAUCCGGCCACCAUGACAGAAAAAGGUGGAUGGUUCGGGACAAAUUCACUUCCAGAGUUCGACGACCUGGUUCGGCUCCGUACCUUGGACUCAGGACUGUUGCCUACAGCGCGACUAGAAGGCGAAGACCCGGGAUCGCGAAAAGAGAAGCGGUUAAUCGUGAUUGGAGAUGUGCAUGGAUGUAAAGAGGAAUUGGUCAAUCUCCUUAAGAAAGUCGCGUUCGCCCCCAAAGGCGGGGAUCAUCUUGUCUUCACCGGUGAUCUGAUAAAUAAGGGGCCAGAUAGCGCCGGCGUUGUGGACCUGGCGCGGGAAUACAAAGCUUCGUGUGUGCGUGGUAACCACGAAGAUCGCGUUCUUCUCGUCCGCCAUGAGAUGUCAAAGGCCAAGACACUAGUCGAGGCCGACGACCCCCAACACAACUUCUUUUCAUCGAAAGAUAUCCAAGAGCGAGAAUUAGCUCUCUCACUGAGUGAGGAGCAUAUCCAAUGGCUAGACCAGUGUCCCGUGAUAUUGGAUCUUGGAUCGAUUCAAGGAAUGGGACAAGCAGUUGUCGUGCACGGUGGAAUUGUACCGGGAGUGAAGCUCGAACACCAGGAUCCGUCGAGUGUGAUGAACAUGCGGACCAUUGAUUUGGAUACCCAUGUUCCCAGUUCGUCGGACACUGGUAUGAAUUGGGCCAAGAUGUUCAACAAGUACCAGUCAAUCCUGUAUUCCAGUGUGAAAUCGGCCAAGAUGGAUCCACUAUCUCAUGUCAUGACCGUCAUCUACGGCCACGACGCUAAGACGUCUUUGAAAAUUCGCACAUACACCAAGGGUCUUGACUCAGGGUGUGUGAAGGGUGGUAAGCUGACUGCCCUAAUAAUCGAGGCAGGAGGCCAGCAGACUAUCGUUCAAGUGAAAUGCCAAAAUUAUCUGAAGGAAACCAAGGCAUAG